CGCCUUCGAAAUGACAUGGCAACCCACGUGAGGCAGUGACAGUUCGCCGGCUCCGUCUCGAGAGAAAAGGUGAAGUCUCCGCCGCCGAUCCCUCGCCGGCAGUCCGGCAGUCGGGGCGCCACCAGCUCACCACGGGCCUGCGCGCCGCCCGCCCAUGGCGAACCCGAGGAGGGCCAUCGCGCUGCAAAUCAACACCCAGACCCCGCCAUUCCCCGCCGCCGCCGCCGCGCCCUCGUCCUCCUCGCUGCCCUCGUCGCUCCUCCACUUCCUGAAGCGCCCGGCGUCCUUCCCCUUCCUGCUCUCCCUCUUCGUCCUCCUCACCUGGAUCUCCCUCCACUUCCACCAACCCACCCCCUCCGCCUCCCUUCAGCGUCCCACCGUCGUCCACGACCCUCAGGCCAACCUCGUCCGCUACCCCGCCGCCCUCCAUCCCACCCCCAUCGCCGCCGACGAACGCGGAUGGCUACUCGACCCUGUCGCCGCAGCCCGCGAGGCCGGCCUCCCUGAUGGGGCGUUGGUCUGUCUUUCGCUACACGUAGGACUGAUCCAGCCAGGUGGUUUGCGUGGCAACCAUCGUCACCAUACAUGCAAUGAAACAUUUGUCAUCUGGGGCGCAAAAACAAAAUUCAGGUUAGAAAAUCCUGAUGUAAAAGAUAAAGGAUACGGAGAAGCCAUAAUUGCUGCCGACGAGGUUGCCAUCGUCGCAAGUGCAAGAUCAACUGCACACGCAUUGAUCAAUAUGGAUGUGCGACCGACCUUCUUCUUGGGAUGUCAAGAUACACCAAUAAACCCCAACAGUUCAAAUACUGACUACAAGGUCUGGAAAGAUCUCUGACGUUCACAUUGCUUCAGAAUUCACCUCGGUGAGGAUUUUAAGCAUACGUCUGCCGAGGUGCUGAGCUGUUAACUGACAGAUCACAGAUGCCUCUUUAUAUUGACAAGUUGCUGAGCUGUGUGCUGUUGAGUACUCCCUCCGUCUGAAAAUACUUGUCAUCAAAAUGGAUAAAAGGAGACGUACCUAGAACUAAAAUACGUCUAGAUGCAUCCUCUUUUAUCCAUUUCGAUGACAAGUAUUUCCGGACGGAGGGAGUAGUAAUUUGCAGAGGCUGUUUCAUGCCUCCUUGUAUUGCCGAAUUGCAAAAUCAGAAAUACCUCUUUGUGCGGACGAAUUGCAAAAUCA